UAUUAUUAUUAUUAUUAUUAUUAUUAUUAUUAUUAUUAUAGAAUUCUAGGAUAAACAGCCUUCCAGAUCUGCUGGUUAAAAGAUGUUAUUAUAGUCUGGAAAUCUGCUUUAAGAAAAGGCUACAAAACUGAAUAAAACAUGCCAUAUAACAUAUUUCAGACGCCUGGUGCAGAUAGUUUUGGACCUGCUUUAUCCACCCCAAAGGAAAGAGAAUGUGAAGAGUGGGGAAACAAGUACUUGAAAUUCGGAGGUAGUAAUUUAUAAACAAAAAAAAAUCUCUACAAUGAGAUUUUUAAUCCAAACAAUGAACUGACCUCCUCCAUUCGCCCAAUGUGAAAUCGUGUUUUUAAAGUGAAGCUAUUUCUAAUUCUCUAGGAGAGGAUGAACACCUGGAGAAUGUCAUUGCCCACAGCCAAUGGAAGAGACACCUGGAGGUGAUGAAGGUGAAUGUCCUGGAACAGGUACACAAUCAGCUGAGUGAUCUCUUGGACAAGACCUUGGAAGAAGCAGCUCAUUCCAUACCCUGGCAUUUGAGGGUGGACCCAGCAAAGAAGCAAAGCAGAGAGAAAGGUCAGCUACUGAAGAAGAAAGUCUUUGUCCCUCAACAGUCAUUGUAUGACACGUUGAUGGAGGUGGAACAUUUCCGCACAAUCCGUCACAUAUUUGUGGCCACGCUCUGUAUCUUUGUCCUCAAACAAAUCAUUGGGGAUUCCAUCGACGAAGGACGUCUUGUUUGGGAUUUCGAUCUCAUUAUCAGUAGCUUUCGACAACUCCCCACAGCACUCUUUGCCUGGCUCUGCAUGUUCCUCUACACCUUAUUUGUGCCCUACCAGGCCCUGCAAAUAUGGUCAGGCCGCUUGAAGAUGACCAGGUUCCCCAACCUCUUGACAGUCACCUUGGUGGUGUUGGUGCUGCUCUGCCACACUGCAAUGCUGGGCUUCUUCCCCCUCUAUAUCCUUCUCUCCUGUGAUUUGGGAAUUGCCUCCCGUUUUAUUGUCAUCUCUGAGCAGAUCCGGUUCCUGAUGAAAAGCCACUCAUUUCUGCGAGAAUCGAUGCCCCCUCUUCUCCUUGCCAGGGACCAAGUUGGGAAGAUAAGCCCUCCUGAAUUAUCAACAUACUUGUAUUUUCUCUUCUGCCCUACUUUGAUCUACAGAAAGAGCUAUCCGAGAGAUCCAUACAUCCGCUGGAGUUACGUCAUCCAAAAAUUGGUUGAGUUCCUGGCGAGUAUAUAUUUUCUGAAUUUCCUUAUGAAAUACUCCUUCAUCCCUAUGUUCAAAAACAUGCAUAAGCAGCCCUUCACCAUCAAAAUCCUGCUACUUUCCAUCUUUGAUUCAGUAGUAUCUGGAAUAACUCUGGGAAUCAUGAUCCACUAUUUCCUCCUGCACUGCUGGCAAAACAUGUUUGCCGAGAUCCUACGCUUUGCAGACCGUUCUUUCUACAAGGACUGGUGGAAUUCCAGAUCAUUCUCUGGAUUCUUUCGGAUAUGGAAUAUAAUUAUACACGACUGGCUGUACUACUAUAUUUAUCAAGAUAUUCUGCGGCUGUUUGGAGGGAGAGCCCGAGGUGGAGCUAUGCUGAUUGUCUUCCUUCUCUCAGCGGUUGUCCAUGAAUACCUACUCACCUUGGCCUUUAGCAUGUUCUUUCCUGUCAUGUUUGUGCUAUUUGCCAUGAUAGGAGGUCAGUACUCCCUCGGGAAAUGGACUGAACCUUUACUCAGAGGAUUCAAGCAAGGCCGUGUUGCUUAACUUUGUUCUAAAUGAUAAGAGAAAAAACCCUGUCUGGAACAUCAUCAUAUGGAUAGGCCACAUUUUGGGCAUGACAACCAUUUUCUCCUUAUUAAGCCAAGAGUGGUUCGCACAUGCCCACUGUCCACUC